CCACCGCCGAUCAUGCGAAAAUUCCUGCUGCCGGCGAGUCCUGAACUGUUUUUACGUCCUGCAACGGAUCGUCAGUAGUUCAUCUUUGUGGAUCCAAACGUGUUCGCGCCUGUUAUGGGGGAUUUUUGUGCAGGAACUCACUUGUCCGCGUAGAGUUUCAACCGGUUUGACUUGGAUUUCCAAAAAUAAGCAUGUAUAUUCUCGUAUCUUCACCAGUUUACCCUGAAACCCCUAAGCUGAAACAGUGUUAAGCGAUGGCGCCCGAUUUCCCCCUGUCAGUUUUCGCGAGUGUUCUGUUGGUGUCAGUUCUGGUCGUUCAGAAGGAUGUGGCGAUCGCGGAGCCGGCUGGCGAUACGCGGGUACCGCUCACGUCCAGAACGGUCAGGACCAAGUAUGGUGACGUUAGUGGUGUAAUCGUGACCUUGGAUUCUAAGUAUCUGGAGCCGGUGGAAGUCUUCCGGGGAAUCCCCUACGCCAGCCCUCCUCUAGGCCGUCUUAGGUUUAUGCCACCGGUAACGGGAGCUUUGUGGUCGGGUGUUAAAGUGGCCGACAAGUUUGGACCGGUUUGUCCUCAGAGGUUACCUGAUAUUGCGAACGAAACUCUGGCGCUCAAGAGGAUGCCUAGGGGGAGGUUACAGCACCUGAAGCGGUUGCUUCCGUAUUUGCAGGACCAAAGCGAGGAUUGUCUCUAUUUGAAUAUCUACGCUCCAGCUCAAGGUAGGAGUCUUGUUCUCUUGAAGUAUCAGGGUUUCAGAAUACCAGCGAUUUGA